CCUACUUCGAGCGCCUUGAAUAUUCCGAUCGAUGCUGAUAUGAACGACGUCACAGUCGUGUUUACAUACGUUGUGCUACUUCGUCUCCCGCGCAAAAAACCAAAGGGCGAUUGAGGUUAAGAAACGCGACCUUCUUAGUCGAAAAUAUCAGGAACGUUCUCGUAGUGUCACAGAUGCCUACUAAACUGCGGUCAUGGCUGCAAUAGAAAUUAUAUUUCCGUUAGACGGGCCACCCGGCAAAAUAUUGAAAUGGAGAGUACGCUCGGACACGAUGGUUGCAACGGGUAGAGUGUUGUUGUUAUACCGCAAUGCGUCGUCGGACAUCGAUGAUACCACGGAGCCUGAAAAGAAGUUGCGAGCUACGAGGUUCGGUCGUGUCAAGAAACUUCUGGUCAAGGAGGGUGACGUCGUUCAACCUGGGCAAGUGAUAAUCUUAUUGGAGGGAUGUACACAUCCUACUGUCAUGAUAGACCUGUGUGCGGAAUGUGGGGCAGAUCUAAGGGUAGAGCAAGCUGGUAAGGAUGGCAAGAUAACCGAAGUAUCACAGGCUAGUGUGCCUAUGGUACACAGCAUACCAGAAUUGAAAGUAUGUCCAGAAUUAGCUGAGAAAAUUGGGAAAAAGGAUGAACAGCGUUUGCUAAAGGAUCGGAAAUUAGUGUUGCUUGUAGAUCUCGAUCAAACAAUAGUUCAUACUACAAAUGAUCAUAUUCCUCCAAAUUUAAAAGAUGUUCAUCAUUUUCAACUGUAUGGGCCGAACUCCCCGUGGUAUCACACCAGAUUAAGACCAAACACUCGGCAUUUCCUCUCGGAAAUGAGCCAUUUGUACGAAUUGCAUAUCUGCAGUUUUGGAGCAAGGAUCUAUGCACAUACUAUUGCAUCAUUGCUGGAUAAGGAUGGUGUCUUAUUUUCACAUAGAAUACUUUCAAGAGACGAAUGUUUUGAUCCAGCAUCGAAAACUGCAAAUCUCAAAGCAUUAUUUCCUUGCGGCGAUGAUUUGGUUUGUAUCAUAGAUGAUAGAGAGGACGUGUGGCAAGGUUGCGGAAAUUUAGUUCAGGUUAAACCCUAUCAUUUUUUCCGUCACACCGGCGAUAUUAACGCACCGCCAGGAUUAGACAAGGGCGACGCGUGGCGUACAGCUGAAUCGGAAAAUACGAACAUAAACGAGACAUGUGCAAACUCGAAAAACAAGGAUGAUAAGAAUGAAACAUCCGAAUCAAUCGAAGCGCUAUCGUUAGGCGAUAUUUCGACGAAAGAAACAAGUCCUGAAGCAGAUGAAAACUAUGAUAAGUCGAAAGAAGCGGACAAUGAUAAACAAGAUACCAAAGUUGAUACAGAGGAAGAAACUGAUAUCAAGUCUGCUGCUACAGACGAAGCGCAAUCUACAGCGGAAAAUGAAGCGCAUUCUGCAGCAGAAGAUAAAGCACAAUCCACCGCGGAAAAUGAAGCACAGUCCAAUGCUGCAAGUAAGGAUGAUACAAUAGAUAAGGAAGUAGCAGAAACUGCGCAACCAGAAGAAACAGAAAAAAACAAUAAACAAGAGACGUCGAAAAGCGAAAAUAACGUGAUAGAUGAGGAUGACGAUGAUUAUUUGUUAUAUCUAGAGGACAUCCUUCGUAGAAUUCAUACGGAAUUUUACUGUACCUUGGACAAAGGCAACGGUCGGAGGUCCUUGCGAGACAUAAUCCCGCGAGUGCGCUCCCAAGUGCUGAAAGGAUUGUAUUUGACUUUCAGUGGCUUGAUACCCACCCAUCAGAAGUUACAUCAAAGCCGCGCGUACAAGGUCGCGAGAGCGUUCGGAGCAGAAGUAACACAAGAUUUGACGGAGAAGACCACGCAUUUGGUCGCGAUUAGAAAAGGUACAGCGAAAGCAAACGCGGCUAAGAAAGAUACGAAUAUAAAGAUCGUAAAUCCAGAAUGGUUAUGGACGUGCGCGGAACGGUGGGAGCAUGUCGACGAGCGUCUGUUCCCUGUCACGUCGCAGGCUCGUGGAUCGAGAGUACCGCCGCCGCACUGCAGUAGCCCCGAAAGCGUCGAGGAAGUAGAAAGCAAUAAUAGCGUGGUAAACUCUUUUGCCAAUACGAUCAAUCCAUUAAUGUCUUUUACCCAAGAGGAGAUCGACUUUAUGGACAAAGAAGUAGAAGAGGACAUGUUAGAGCAAGACAUGUUAGAGGAAGACUUUUUAGAUCCAGAUUUUGAUAUAGAACAUAUAGACGAUGAGGAACUCAUCGACACGAGAAUACGCCGUCGCAGUUAUGAUUCUGAGGAUUCUAUGGACAGUAACCUAGAUGAAUGGCUGUUGGAACAUAAGAGGCAGAAAAUUGAGAGUCUCCUCGAGGAUAAAGAAGACAAUAGUAACGAUGACGAUGACGAUAUCGGCAACGAUGACAAUGACGAUGACGACGACGAUGAUCCUGUUGCACGUUUUAGAAGGGGAGAAGAUUUACCUGAUGAUUUAGAUUUAGGCGAUAAUUCGGACUCGAUUCAGGACUCGAUAGACUUCGAGGAUGGAGAUGAGGAUGAUCGGGAAUGGAACGCACUGGGUGCUGCGCUAGAAAGAGAAUUUCUUGCAGAGUGAUGUGCUUGAGAGAGACGAAGGAAAUACAUUGAUGUGUGCACACAUUAGAUUAUUGAACUGACUAAGAAUGUCUCACAUCACUAAUAAAUUUCAAGUUCGAUAAUUGUGAACGGGGUAUCAUUGACGGUGUUAAAUUAUUUAUGCAUUCUGAUAGUCAGAGCAAAAUGUUACAUAUAAAGACAAUGAACAUUUGCUAUCAUCUACUAAGAGUAGAUUGGAAUAACUAACUUGUGCAACGGAAGUAUAUAAAAUUCGAAAAGAGGUUCUUUCUAUAUUGAAUUACUGCUCUAUAUUAAACUCUCUCUCUUGCGGAUUUUGUAUUAGUAGAUAGAAUCGCUCUUUUGAUUAUUUUUUGUGAGAGCGAUUUGUGGAUAGCAAUACAAAUACAUUAUGAACAUUAAAUUUUCUUAAGCAAAGGAGACAUAUUGAGCACGUUUUAUCAUAAUAUUAAAAAAUGAAACUUAUUUUCUCUAAUGUUUGUAGAGCUGUCAUCUGUAAUGUUGAUAAUUGUAAGUCAUUUUUGUAUGGAAAGAUAUAUAUAGGAUGUAUUAUGAAAUUGGAAAAUAAAAGU